GUGAAACGACUCUAGUAAGAGAUUUUUUCAAGUUUUGCUUGACAAUUACAUUUUAAAGAUGUUUCGAUUCAACAAAAUUUCGGAAUCAGUUGUACGCUACAAUUUUCAUUUAUAUACAAUUUCAUAUUUAACCUUAGACUGUUCAAAAGCUAAUAACUAAUCGAAGAAAAGUAGUGAAUAUACAAAAAUACAGUUUAUUUCUCUAUAAUUAAUCACCUCAACAAUUAAGGCAUUUGUCAUAUCUGUGGACAAACCGCAAACGAUUAGAAGUGAGUUGUGACGAUUUCUUUCAGCUCCACGUCAGUUAUAAAGUCAAGCUAACGCUUUAGUUCACGGAAAAGAUGAAAAUCACUCGGUGCUAGGUCGGAUUUAUAUAGUGGGUGUUGAAAAAUGUCCCAUUGAAAUCGCUGAGUUACACAAAUGCUGAAGGGACGGGUAUUGUCGUGGAUGUGAACAAUUUCAGAAGUCAGCUUUUGUUUUGAAUGAAUCUGCAUGUUCUACAAGGAGACAAUUAAUCAAAAACAAUGGAAAUGGAUAUUAUUUAUGAUACAUCCCCUAUAUAAAGAUCUGCAGCAAAUGUUAUGAUCAUACUUUUCAAAAUUAUCCGAAGAAAUUAAUUAAAAAUAAUUUUCUGCAUGCCUAAAUUGAGAUAUAAAUAGACGUUUGAUUCAUAAAACGAACGGAGGACGGAAGAGCGUGAAUAGGGAACCGGAGAAGGCCGAGGAGAGAACACCUACCGAACUACAGCACUUUACAGAACCGGAUUAAAACUUUUAUUUGAAAGACACAACAUCGUAUGAAUAAAUCAUUUAUUGUACGAGGUUUGAUAUAAAAAUAGUGGAAAUUAUCCGAUUUAAAACAAAUUAAUAUACUUCAAUUUACUAACAACGCACACACCACGACGUUCAAUCUAUGACAGUGACAGUUCUGUCACUUGUAAGUGAAUAAUUUUUGAAUUUGACUCGCUUUUAAGAGUGUUCGCGGAAAUGUCUUUGCAUAGAAUGUCUCCCAGCGUCAUAAGUUUACCAAUUACUCCGAAUUUGGCCCAAUUGCAGAAACCAGAUUUCUGCAAACUAAUGAGCAAUAUCGAAACGAUAAUAAUGGAUAUAGACGGUGUUUUGUGGAUCGACGAUAAACCAAUACCACAUUCAGUCGAUGUUGUUAACAAACUAAAAGAAAAGGGAAUACAAAUCAUAUUAUAUACUAAUAAUUCAACCAGGAAUAGUGAAGAAUUUUUAAAUAAAGCUACAAAUAUGGGAUUCCUUGUCGACAGAAAUGAUAUAAUUACUACAGCUACUUUAGUCGUAUCAUAUUUGAAACAGUAUAAAUUUGAUAAGAAAAUCUAUCUCGUUGGCUCGAGAGGACUAGCGGAAGAGCUGGAACUAGCGGGAUAUAGACAUCUGGGAAUAGGUCCGGAUGUUCUCGAACACAGCCUUGUUCAAACAGUGGAAAAUUUUCAACCGGAUCCCAAUGUUGGUGCUGUUGUAGUUGGUUAUGAUGCCCAUUUUUGCUACACCAAACUUUUGAAAGCCGCUUCUUAUUUAAAUAAACCGGAAUGUCAUUUUUUAGCCACGACCGCAGAUGAAUGUUGUUUAGUGAAUCCAGAUAUUGUUUUUCCCGGAACGGGUCCAAUUCUCAAAGCAAUUGAAGCAGCGUCUCAACGUGAAGCUAUUGUCUUAGGAAAGCCUUACUCACAUGCACUGGAAGCCUUGAAGAUUGCCAAAUCGAUCGAUCCUAAGAAGACCAUGAUUAUCGGUGAUAGAACUACUACUGAUAUAUUUUUCGGAAACAGAUCCGGUUUUAUGACUGUCUUAGUUUUAUCGGGGGCAACUGAAGAAAGUAUUUUCGAAAAGAAGAGAAGUUGUAGGAGAAACUUGAGAGAUUUCGUUCCGGAUUAUUAUUUAGACACUUUGGGGGAGCUGGAUAGAAAUCUUAGUUGAUUAAAUCUUCUAGAAUUGGAGUAAAGUUAAUGUUACAACAUUGCAAACUGAUAUACUUGAAUUUAAAUAAGUAUUCUAUAAUUUCUAGCGUUGGUUUAAUAUAUAAUGAUUAAUGUAGGUAGUUUUUUUAAAUGAAAAAACAUCGAAAUAUUUUUUCAGCCCACAACAGAUAAGAUUUAAAGAUGAUAUUCCAAAAAAUCUGUCCAUAGACAUUUCCUGAAUACUUGGAGCUUCCUCAAUGAAGUGUGCUACCUGAAACCACGUAACCGCUCUUCCAGAAUGUUAUCUUAAUAAUUUUUCAACCAUCUGGUCGUAUUAAACUUGUAAACUUGAAUAUCAUCAGAUCUAAGGGCUACAAACGAUGUUUCGUAUAACCUAGCAAGUGUAAAAUCAUUUCUCGAGUGAGUUGUGUCCUCUAGAAAGCACUUUAUUUAUUUUACUGCAGCGAUUAAGUGUUUCAAACAAGUUAUAAAUAAAUAAGCGUUUAUGUUGUCCCUUUUUUUUGAAAAUUAGCAUCUUCUCCACCUCUUUUUUGGUCGACUUCUACUUCUUGUUCCAAUUGGAGAUUUAUCUCUUGAUUUUUUUACCAGUCUAUCGUCUAUCAUAGUUAGUUCCUCAGUUUUUACGCUAUGGUUAGACUUUCCUCGAGAUUCGCCUGAGAAUUUUCAUUUCUAUAGUCUUCGUAAUUUUUUGAGGAUCACGUAACGGGCCAAAAUUAUCUGGAAAUGCUCUAAGAUUUACGUGGGCAAAUGUACAACGAUUCAACAGUCGCGAACAUCUUCAUGUGCGGAAGUAUCACUUUGGAAAAAGAAGUCUUGACAAUUUUGAAUAUAGUUUGUGAACGCACCUUUUCACUUGACAUCGAACUGUCACUGUCAGUUUAUUCAGUAGACAUAACCUCUUCGUCAUGGCGAAAUACCCGAACGAAUAACGUCUGCAAAUCUUAAAAAUUAACAACAGAAAUUAGGAGUCGGUGGCCGCUACUUUAAGAGCGUUAACUACGAUUUUCGAUCGUAAUUUUCGACCUAGUAACAAAUUUAGUGGAAAAGUUUAAGUCUACAUUUUCGUUGUGUGAUGUUGCCGUGCCAGUGAGACUACGGAUUGGUCGAAGUGUCGAAAAUAUCGCUGCCGUUGUAGCAAAUGAUCCAAAUCAGUCAAUUCCACGGCGUUCUCAAGAGUUGGGCAUCGCCAAAACCACUUUAUGGCAAAUUUUGCGUGAGGAUCUUACUUUAAACCCAUACAAGAUCAGGCUCACUCAAGAAUUCAACGUACGUUCUCCGAUACUUAAUGAAAAACUACUUCAUCCACAAAAUAUAACUGUUUGGUGCGUUACAAUCGAUUUAUUGAAGAAGUUUGAUUGUAUGUGUUAUCUCAAGAAAUGGAGCAGUCGUUUGGCCGCCUCGUUCGUGCGAUUUGACGCCUCUAAAUUCGUUUUCUUUGGGGCUACGUCAAGUCAUUGGUCUAUGCUAAUAAGCCGACGACUUUGGAAGAGCUCAAAGCCAACAUUGAACGCGAAAUGGCAGCCGUUUCGGCCGAAAUGUGUGGACGAGUCAUGGAAAAUUGGGUCCAACGAAUCAACCGCUGCAAACGUGCCCGCGGUGGCCAUUUAAGCGAACUCGAGUUCCAUUCAUAAAUGUUUUGAAUGUACUUCAACCCGAUAAUAAAGUUUUUGAAAUAUCUCAAA